UUCAUUCAGUUGCUUAUCGUCCACCGUUUCGUUAGUUCUCUAAUUUUGAGAUCUCUAGCGUUGCAAUGCGUGUCUGUUGCCUCGCAAUCCGUGCCCGGGGUUCGUUUUAAUUGGCUAUCGUUUGGCGUAGGUGUGUUUCCCUGACGACGGGUUGAUUACAAACUAUAAAUGUGCUUGUGGUGAUACUAUACUAGCGUGUCGCGGGAAAGGAUUUUAUUACCUUCAUUUGCUUGUAAUCGACGUUUUACAACAACCGGCGGCAACCGGGUUUUCAUUAGUGAAUUUGGUGCAAGAUCGGAAGGAUUUCAAAUUACAAAUUCCCAGUAUAUAUUUGACAGAAUGUAUACAAUCCAAGAAACGGAUUGAUAUUCAAUGCCAUACAUUUUGAUUCGUGGCAACCUAGCUUCCUACAGCCAUAAGUACCCGUUUCGAGUGCUGGUUUCGGGAUUAAAAGCGGCUGAUCUCGAACAGCUGAACCGAUUUCCAUGUGGCGGAUACAGUGAUGAGUCCACGAUUGUCUAUUUGCAGCAUCCUUGUGUGAUACUAACUGCACUGGAGGUUCUUGGAUAUCGCGUUGUCGCCUCAUCUUCGACGGCGGUCAAGCAGGACUACAACGAAUAUAUGUGGACUAUGCGCAAGGAGUUCCACGAUCCGGAACCGUUUGUAAGCGAAACGUCAUCCAACAUCGUCGAACGGGAUAACCUGGCCAACAUUGGUCGGGAAGUGAACAACUACCCACCGAGCAGCAAGAUAGACGUGCCAGAAUAAAUCGAACUGCGGAAAAAUAUACACGACUGACUAUAUUCAAUUAGUAUCCAUUCGUUGAAGUAGCAGCUAACUGUCGAUCGACUGUGUAAGUUUUGUUUUUCUCCUGCGAUCGCAGUGCAAACCUACACUACACCUUUAAUAUGGAA